GAAGCGAAGGAAGGCGGCGGAGGGCAGGCGAUGGUGAAGACAGGGGGACCGGGCUGGGCCGGGAGCGCCUUGCGCGCCGUGCGAUGGGGUCUUGGGACGGUCCUGAUCUCUUUUUAAUUAAAAGCCUCUAAUUUAUUAAAACCAAACCUUAAGACAGACCAGUAAAUCUCUAAAUGACACAGGACCCACAAAAAAAAGGAUAGCUUGUCCACAGAGAGGCGUUAACACCUGAGUUAGCAUUCGUAAGUGGGGAAAUCAUGGGGUCAGACCCAGAGUCUCUGCCAUGAACUGUGCUUCAGACUUAAGGCCAACCUCAAACAGCUUAACCCAUCUGUGACCUUCUCUAAAGGACCUCCCUAUUGUUUCAAGAAAAACAGCCAUUUCUAGGAAUAGAAACUAAAACCAACUCUGACUGCCGCCCUUCCGUGGGUGGUUUGGAUAAAAAGAGCUCAGAUGCAGCCAGAAAAUUAUAGACAGCAGGGGCUGUGUGUGGACCAGGACCGAUAAAGUAACUUGGGGAAGAUCAGGCUGUCCAUCCCAAGUGCUCCUCCUUUCUUUAUGCAAUUCUUCCUAGGACAUCAGAACUCCACAACUCACUUCCUUUCUUCCUGAACAUCCUGAGUCUGAAUUCCAGUUCUAGAUCAUUCUGAGGGAACUGCCCUUGCUGGAGUGCAAAGACCUUCCCUGAGAGGAGAGCCUUCAGAGAGGAGCCAUUACCAUCAGGUCAAGGUCACCACUGCUGAGCUUCUACUGGACAGAGCCAUGGCCUGGGCCGCUAGCUUUGAUGAAUUCUUUAAGAAUUUUAAGAGAGAAAGCAAACUCCUCUCUGAGGAAACCACCACCUUGAUUAAAUUCCACAUUGAGGAAAAUGACCUCCAGGAAGCACUGUCUGUAAUCGACAGUGCACUGAGAGACAUCGAGAAUGCCACCCUGAACAUUGCUGUGACAGGGGAGACAGGGACAGGGAAGUCCACGUUCAUCAAUGCCCUCAGGGGGGUGGGGCAGGAAGAAGAAGGUGCAGCUGCCACUGGGGUGACAGAGACAACCAUGGAGAGAAAGCAGUAUGACCACCCCAAGUUUCCCCAGGUGAAAAUAUGGGACCUGCCUGGCAUUGGGUCCACUAACUUCCCACCACAAAGUUACUUAACAGAAAUGAAGUUUUCUGAGUAUGACUUCUUCAUUAUCGUCUCUGCUACACGCUUCAAAGAAAAUGAUGCACAACUAGCCAAAGCCAUCAAAGAGAUGAAGAUGAAUUUCUACUUUGUCCGAACCAAGACAGAUAAUGACUUAUAUAAUGAGCAGAAGAGUAAACCUAAAUCUUUCAAUAAGGAGAAAGUCAUGAUGAACAUCCGAGAAGACUGUUCAAGGCAUCUCCAGGACAUUCUCUCCAGUGAGCCUCCAGUCUUCUUGGUCUCUAACUUGGAUAGGUCUGGCUAUGACUUCCCAGAGCUGGAAAUGAAACUCCUAAGGGAGCUCCCAGCCCAUAAGCGCCACAUCUUCAUGCUGUCCUUGCACAGUGUUACUGAGGCCGCCAUUAACCUCAAGAGAGAUUCCUUGAAGCAGAAAGUCCGGCUGGAGGCCAUUAAGGCUGGAGUAUUGGCUACCAUUCCACUUGGUGGCAUGAUCAGGGAUGAUAUUGAGAAUCUGGAUGAAACAUUCAACCUCUACAGGUCUUACUUUGGGCUGGAUGAUGCCUCAUUGGAAAAGAUUGCUGAAGAUUUUGACAUGUCUGUGAAUGAAUUCAAGGUGCACCUUCGGUUUCCCCAUUUGUUUACAGAAGACAAUGAUGUGCCCUUAGGAGACAGAUUAGCAAAAUAUAUCAAACACAUUUCCUCUGUUACUGGUGGACCAGUUGCUACCUGCAUUUACUACAGAAAGACUUACUAUUUGCAGAAUCUUUUUCUGGAUACUGCUGCAAAUGAUGCUAUUGCUCUUCUUAAUAAGGAAGCUCUUUUUGAAAAGAAGGUGGGAACAUAUAUAUCUAAGCCCCCUGAUUACUGGGAAUGAUGGGAAAAUGAGGCACAAGCUCCAACCAGUAUUUACUUUUGGCCUUGCUUUGGACACUGACUCAUAACCUACUCCAGAGUAACAAACCUUCUCUGUGGCGCACCAGAGCAUUCAUCCUUUUCCUCUUCUGGAGCCAGAAGCUCACUGUUGUAGUGUAGCCAUUGCAACCUUGAUCUGGAAGUUCCAACUCCCGCUGAGGCUUCGGUAACUGUCACGCCUACAAGGUAGGGCCAAGAGAGGACCCUGAAGACCCAAGAUCCGGAUGCACUGUCUCUCUUGGUUCCUGGACCCUGAACGCUGGAGGUAGGCUGAGCAGAGUUCUCCAGAGAACACCGCUGGACUGCGACACCCCUUUCCCACACACUGCAAUCUACCUAUCCCUUCUCUUGUAAGUUACGCCACUAAAUAAACCUCCUUUUUAACUA